AUGGAAAAGUCGUUAGAUUCCCAUUUAGAGGACAUGUAAGUCUAUUAAGUUAUGUGUUUAGCAAAAAGUAGAAAAAUAUGUUUAAUUUUUCGUAUGUAUUUUUUAUUCUAGCAUGUCAGAACAUGGAGUUAUCGGAGUGCUUUGCAGUGAUCAGCAAGGGUUAGCACUUUCAGGUCAGUUUGACCCUCUAAUGCUUGAUCUUUUAUGAGCUAACGUUUUCUAGACUUUAGAUUUCUAAUGAGUAUUAAUUCCACAUAUAAAUGUGUUGAAAUGGUUGUACAAAUUUGGCUUUAUUGGCAUUAAUCUUAUGGAACGUACAUGGUAUAUUCUUUUGGAAAACUAAAUAAUGCGAGUUUUAAGUCACUCCUGCGUCAUGUGACUACUGUUCGAUCUUUGACCUUGUAGUACAACUGAAUGGUGAGGCUACAGAGUACUCCGACUACAGUGUGUCUAACCUUGUCACACCACUAUUCAGAUUUUGUUUUAGCUGGUGUUUAAUUUGAAGAUUGACUUAAAGUACUUUUACCCAAAACAGACCUUCUUAUUAAUUCACUUGCUGCAAGUUAUUGAUUGUGUGGCAUUCUUUGGAUAAGUGUCAGGACUAGCUCAGCAGAGGCCAUGGGUUGAAAUCCUGUUAAGUCCUGAAAUUUUUUCAAGUUAAUUUGCAAUUGCUUAAAUCGCAAUUACCACUGUGACGAUCAUAUCUUUAUUUAAAUUGGUUUUAGGACUACAAUGUAGCUCAGUUAGCACUUGUUCAUGUAGGAGGUCAUACAAUGUACAAGUGUAGGUAUGAUUCCCUGGGUUGGACUGAUACUCAGGGUCUCAAAGUAUUUAAGAAAUGAAGGAAUGCAGACAUCUAGACCUUCCGUAGCUUGGAUGAACUCGUAAAAUGGCAGUCAUAUCUCAGUGCAGUAGAUGAUGCAAAAAUAAUGUCCUUCAUAAGUUUACUUUUGUGUCAAAGUGCACUGAAACCCCAUUUACACGCGCUAAAAAAAUCGGCACGGCACGCCAAAUUUUUGGCACUGUGCUGACGAUUUUAAGGCAUGGUUCUCCCAAUUUUUGACGUGUAAACGUAUCGGUUCCAAAUGUAAUGUGGCACCAGUGCUCAAAAUUUUAGGGGUGUCAGGUAGUCUCGGCAUGGGUAAACGAGGCACAUUGCCAAAAAUUUGGCGUGCCGUGCUGAUUUUUAGCAAGUGUAAAUGGGGUUUAAAACACCAAUAAGGUGCAUUUAAGUGACUUUUUAGGCAAACAAGAGAGAUACCCAUCUUUGACUGUUCUAAAAAUAAACUGCUUAUUGACUCUUUAUUAUGCUUACUCUAGUAAUUGGUGUUAUCAUCAUUUGAGCUUGAUUAUUUUGAUUGUCAAAUUUAUUACCUUGGAUAAUUAUUUAGCAAUUGUCAAGUAAUACCGAGUUGUUAGUGUGGUUUCCAGCGACAAAUGUGAUUGAUUUGUAACAUACUGAUCUAGGUGGCCUUGUUUCGGGUGUCACUUACAAACAAUCCUCUUGAAUUUUACUUGUACAGCUAAAGGUACAGCAAAUCCCAUGUACUCUGGCCAUGUUAGCUCUCUAGUGGAAAAUGCAAGGAAGCUAUACCCAAAUAAAGAACCUCAACCAGUCAUUUGUUUAGAAUCAGAUGCUUGGUAAGUGGAUAUUAAAGCAAGGCUGGGCUUCAAGAGAAGCCACAAGUUAACCUUUAGCAAAACACUGGUUAAUUGUAAUAAAAUUGUAAUUUGUUUACCAAGGGAACACUUAAGAGUUCUUAAGAACUCGUUAAAAUGUGUCUGUAUGUUCCAGAUUGAAUUGGAAUUUGGAAGUGUUGGUUUUAAGGAGAGGGGAAAACCUGAGUACCUGGAGAAAAACCUCUCAGAGUAAGGGAGAGAACCAACAACAAACUCAACCCACAUAUGUUUAAUCUAGAAAUUAGUCAAAGUGGGUCGUAUGUCCCAUGCUACAUGGCAUUUUAAAUUGGGUCAUUUCAAAAAUUGUCUGGGUCAAACUAUUGUACUGAAACUUUGAACAACCGACAUCUUCAUGCUUUCAGGUUCAAUUGCCAUUCUCUUUUACAUGAAAAUGAACCAAGCAUUUGUUGCUGUUUCAUAAUGAAACAGCAAAAGAACAAAUGCAGCAUGAAUCAAUUGGUGAAGAAAUAACAAAUGUUAAAAUGUAGUUCCAGUCUUCACCGUGCAAAGGAAGUUCGUGUUCGAUAGCCCGGGGCUAUUGGAUUUUGCUAUUGGGCUGGUGAUUUUUGUUGUUAACUUGCCCGACGGGCAAGUGCUGUUUUUUGGGGAAAUUCAAAUUACAGAAGGAUUGUAAUCAAAGGAUGAUUAGUUUUUCCCAAAACCCCGAACAACUUUACUGAACACCCGAUCAUGUACGAUCGAUGUCGAACGGGUUUACCGUCCGACAUUUUGACUAAAACAAAUGAGGGGCUCAGAAAGUAUUAGCGCAAGAAUGUCUGACACAAAAACUAAUCGUAAGCACAUAGCCUGAAACGAGUCAUUCUGUUCGCUCAUUUCAGGUUAGUAAGCACACCUAUUUUUCUAAAUUUACUUUUAUCAUUGCCUGCUUCUUUGAAAGUACUUAUAAUUAUAUGAAGUAACAUUUUUUUGCAUUAGUAUGACUCCAUGAUAAUUUCAUUAUGCAUCAGAGUAGAACAUUCAAUGUCAGUGAGAAAAAAAUGCUGCCCAAAUUGAAUACUGGCUUUGUACAAAAAGUGUCUUAGUAAAAGACAGAAUCUACUUGGAUCUGAUCACAGCCCAUAUUUGCACAGCCCAGUAAAGGGGGUGGGGGCAUAGAUGUAUAGAAGAGAGAAGCUGGGUGUGGGGAAUUCAAUAUUGUGUUAUCCCUUUUAAUGUAUAUCUUUGGCAUCUUCUCCUCUUCUCUUCUCUAGAGGAACUUAAAAUGCAGUUUUUUUGGUUAUUGUAUUUAUGUAGGGGUGUAUGCAAGAAAGUCCUAAGCGACUUUUUGGUUGAAAUUUUAAGAAACAUGAUUGAUUUAGUGUACAUUGAACAUCAUCACAUUAUGUUAGUUGUUUUCAAAACUUUAACUGUCAUUGGCUGAAUAACCAUCAAAAUUCAUUAACUGAAUUCACACAUAUCCUCAGGGUCUUGGGAUCCAAGAUUUGACCAAAAUAUGGUACGCGGUUUGGGAAAAUGCAGCAUAUCUUAGCAGGAAAUGGGAUUUUACAGCUACCCAGGAAGCUGGAUAACUACCCUGGGAUUUGCCAGAAUUUAAGCAUGGGAUGCAGGAUUUUCGUAGACUAUGAGUAGUCCCCCAUUUUUCCUCAGGGAUAGUAGAGCGAGCGAAUUGCAAGCGCGCGUGAAAAUCACCCCUACUGUCCCUGAGGAAAAAUGGGGGACUACUCAUAGUCUAGGAUUUUCUUGCCUGUUUGUGGGGAAUUGGGGAAACCAUACGUAUAAGCUACAAACAUGAAUCAAUCAGGUGCGCAUUAAGUGGUGUCUCCCUUCAAACGAAGUCAUUAAUUUCCCUUUGCAGUUUUUUGAAUUUAUUUUAUUGUUUUUGCAAACAAAAUGUCAGGAAUUUGGGAAAGCAAUGAAAAAAAUAGCGGGGUGCGUGAUUGUCGUGAAAAAGGAGCAGGAGUGUGGCGUCAAUGCCCCCUUUUCCAGACCCUGUUUCCUGUGAAAACCUGUAUGGCAAACUGAUCAGCAAUUAUUAUUUCUCACACUGGCAGGCUGCAAUUUUUCUUUGUGUCUUUGUUUGUGUUGCUGUAAUUUCAAAAAAAUAAUGAUAAUGUAAAGAUACAAAAAAAUAGUCAUGAUAAUGAUAAAAUAAUAAUACAUGUAAUGUAUGGAUUCUCUUGAGAAGUUAAAAAGUUUCUCUAUUUGUUAAGAGAAAUAUCAAGACACAGGAAAACAAAACUAGUUCUGUGAUGACAAGUUAAUGAAGUGUGAUAGUUACAUGUAUCUAUAAUUUAUGAUCUCACAUUUUUUUUGUCAUUUACAUUAAGCUGUCAAUUUUUGCCGACCUCUAUGUACACGUACAGUCAAACCUUUAAACCCCUUUAAGUCCCAAAAGUGAUGAGUAUCAAUUUUCUCCUAACGAUAUUAAUACACAACCAAGACAGAAUUGAUAAAAUAAUCACCUAAGAGAAAAAGCUUUGAUCCUCUACCAAAUUCUCUCAACUUAUUCUUUAUGACAAUGUAUAGAGAUCAGUUUGGAGAAUUUGUAUGUGAAUGGUGGUCACCUUUGUGGAAAAGCCAUGUGGAAUGCCUUUUACAGCUUUAACCACUAAUGUAAAUCAACAAAAGAAUUUUGUGAUAGAAAGUAAAAAGAAAUUUAAGCCUGGUUGGGGGGGGGGGGGUUAGGGUUGGGAAGGAGGGGAUUGUGGUUCUGAGGCAAGCAUUAGAAUUAGCUGGGUUAUGGUGUACAGGGUACAGGAGGUAGGCAAGGGGCUGAAAGGAGUUGAUUAUUCUCUCCAUUGUUCCUCUGCUUUCAAAUCAAAGAUUGAAACUACGAGAAAUACCGAGCGAAAAAAAAAACGUGCACUCUGGGCUAUACAGUCGACUGGGGUAAGGGAGAGAAAAUAAGACAUUACAUAGUAAGAGCUUGGGGGAAGGGGGCGGGUAGUCCUGGAAAAUUUUGAUGGGGCUGUACAGCAUCCGAAUGAUCCGAUCAGAGACCAAUAUGAGAUUUUCCCUGCACUAUUUCAGAGUCAAGAAAUAAUUAUUUGAUAAUAAAAAACAUACCCGAUUCCAGAUCGUAGCUCCAUAUAACAAUAAAUUACCCUAGAUUUUAAAAAAGUCUAUACUCCAUUUCUCACCAAAAGGGCUUAAUGAAACCACACCCUUUCUGCACGUACGUAGAUACUUUAUAUAAGCGUACACCUUCUCUCACCCCACCUCCCCACGGACUCCUCGGGACCUAAGACCUCAGAGUUGCCUGGGAUCGUUGGGAGGUCUCAAAUCAAGGGAAACUGUAUUCAUGUGACCGCUUAAUGUAGAUUCCCUUACACGGUGUUUUCACCCUUCUUUUUCAGUAAUUUGUUUAUCAGAUCUGAAGGGAAUGUCACCAUUGCUAUCCACAAGGUGCCGUCAUGA